CUUACAGCUUACACGGACUCUUGAUGUGGUAAAAAGCUGACUUGGUGAGAUAUCCCACAUGAGAUCAGAUCUGAGUUAGACCCUUCACCAAGGUUCCUUGCUUGUUGGCUUGAGGCAAUGUUGGGAAUCUGACAGAGGAGCCUCGAACACAGAGAAGACCGACAACAAGAUCAUUUUCAAGGGUCGCAUUAUCAUUCUGACCGUCCUCCAGGACUCGCUGUGAUGUCGCUGAGUAUUCUGGCUCUUUGCCUGCUGGCUUGUAUUCACUCUGGCAUCAACGCGUAUCCAGCCAAGCCUGCCAGUCCUCGGGAAGGAGCUCCACCUGAGGAGCUCGCCAGAUAUUAUUCUGCACUAAGACACUACAUCAAUCUUAUUACAAGACAGAGGUAUGGGAAAAGAGACACCCCAGAUACUGUGUUUUCAGGUGUGUUUAUGAGGGAGAGCACAGAAAGCAUUCCAGGAUUAAAUUAUGUCAGGUAUGAUGGGCUGCCACUGUGGUGAUGCUGCUGCAGAAAGACUUUACCAUAAAGCUGCUACCGUAAU